AUCAUAAUAAUAAUAACUUAGGUAAAAAUACGAAGGUUAUUAUUAUUAUGGUAAUAAUUAAUGAGUAAUGCGCCGUUAUAAUAAUAAUAUUAGUAUUAUGCUCUAAGCCCUAAGGUCAUAGGUGUACUCGUUGGUCGUCGGUCAGAAAAUCGGAAUAUCGUCCAUGUCGUGACACAGCGACUGCGAUCGCCACCGCUGCCGCCGUCCAACCGCGUCGGCCGACGGUCGCCAGCCGCAAGUCGUCGACUCGCAUCACUAGCCGGCAGUCGCGCCAGGUAAAUUCUUUUGGACGCCGAUCGACUGUCGUGCCGGAUUCGAUUCGAUUACCGUUAUGUUUUCAUUGUCGUGACGGCGAUAACGGCGCGUGUUCUCGAUGUGGCCGUAGCCCUCGAUAUCGGCACUCGGCGAGGUCAAUGUUCAUCGCCGCACGGUCGUCCGGCGGAUGGCGGUUGUCCGCGUUGUCCGUCGUUCGCCAUCACAUCUCCGACCGCGGCCGUCCGCAGUCGGUCGUCAGUAGACUCUGCAGCGCCAAACCCCGAGCCCGUUCCAGGAUGUCGUUGCCCCGUCUGCCCGCCGUCGGCAGCGUCUCGCCCAGAGUGCUGCGGGUGUUGGGAUGCAAUCCCAGUUUCAUGACGCUACAGGGUACGAAUACUUACGUGGUUGGCACGGGUCAGCGACGUAUUUUAAUUGAUACUGGAGAGCCAAAUUUUCCAGAAUAUAUAAAAAAUCUUCAGGAAACUAUGAUAAAGUAUAAUUUUCAACUUGAUCAUAUUAUAAUAUCACAUUGGCACUCGGAUCAUAUUGGCGGGGUAAAAAAUGUGUUGGAUAUGAUCGCUAAUAAAAAUGAAUGUCAAGUUUGGAAGUUCAAUCCCAAAAUUGGCAAAAAACGCGAUUACAACUUUCCAUUACAUUUUGUAGAGGAUAAACAAAAGUUUGAAGUUGAAGGAGCUACAUUAAUAAUUCAUCAUACACCUGGACAUACAACUGAUCAUAUAGUUAUAUUUUUGGAAGAAGAUAAUGCAUUGUUCUCUGCUGAUUGUGUACUUGGAGAGGGAACUACUGUAUUUGAAGAUCUAACAGAAUAUUUAAAAUCAUUACAAUUGAUUUUAGACUUAGAUCCUACUGUUAUAUUUCCCGGUCACGGCUCUGUAAUAAAAGAUCCAAUUGUUCGAGUAAAUAACUAUAUUAAGCAUAGAUUAGAAAGAGAAAUGGAAUUGUAUAACUUGAUUAAUAAAAGUCCAUGUGGAUCAUUGUCUGAAGAAGAAAUUGUAAAUGUAAUGUAUAAGGUUAUUCCCAAUGAUUACAAGAAAGUAGCAUCGUAUAUUGUGAAAAAUCAUCUUGCUAAAUUAGAGAAGGACGGAAAAGUGGUUUUAAUCGACAAUAAAUGGAAAAUCAAUCAACAAUGAAAUGUGCGAUUGAAUAUUAUUAAAAUUUAAGUUGUUACAA